AUGCUCCAUGACAAACUGAAAGUCAGAGCCGCAACUUCACCUCAUCGACGUGUUUUUGGUUGGCGGUCACCAAUCGCAUUCUUCAUCCGCGCUGCUUCUCCGCCCCCAAUCACCAAUCUCCGCGGUCUCCAUCUUCGCACCAGCAAAACCUCUCGCCCUGAGCCAAUCCGGGCCCAACCGCGGAGCCCUGGCCGUGACUCGCGCCCCCUAGCCACCGCGAGUCAACCUGAAGGUGUGAAAAUGGGGUUAUCUGCCAAAAAAUCUAGAAAAAGAGAAGAAAGUGAGAGUGAUUCAGAUGAUUAUAAUAAUAUGGAGUAUGAAGAGGUGGAAGAUGAUUAUGAUAACGAUGGUGAGGAGGAGGAUUUUGAUAAUGAUGGUGAAGAGGGGGAGGAUGGAGAGAAGGUAACAGACGAUGAAGAUGAUGAGAUAGGAGAGCAUAGUGAAUGGAAUGAUGAGAUGGAACAGCUUGAGAAAGAAUAUAGAGAUCUUAAUCAUCAGGAGCUAGAUACUUUGACGAAUCUGAAGCAUCAUAAGAAUGAAGAUCUUCUUAAGGGUCAAGCUGUGAAAAGCCAGAAGGCCCUCUGGUACAAAAUUCUUGAGCUUAGGUUCUUACUUCAGAAGCCAUUCUCAAGUUCAAAUAGGUUACCACAGGAAUCAAUCAAGUCUUCGUUAUGUGAAGCAGAUGAGGCAGUUAAAGUAGCAUACUCAGAUCUUAUCACUUCGUCCAAAGAGACUUUAGAUUCUAUGUUGGAACUGCAAGAGGCUAUAUCUGCUAAGAAUCCAUCAAUUACCCAAGGCACAGUUGGUGAAGAAGGCUUAUCAAAAGAUUUAGAUGACAAUCUUGAUCAAGAAUGGUCACAAAUUUCACAUAUGCACGAGAGUAUAGCAUCUUUCAGAGACAAGUCAAUCAACAAAUGGCAGCGAAUGACACAAGUAACAACUGGUGCUGCUGCCAUUAAGGGAAAAUUGCAUGCUUUUAAUCAGGAUAUAAGCAAUCAAGUCUCUGCUUAUAUGAGAGAUCCCAGUAGAAUGAUUAAGCAGAUGCAGUUGAGAAGAUCAGCUGUGAAUGUUUUUGGAUCUGUUCCAGAGGUCGACGAUAAACUUAAAGGAGCGGAGACACGUACUGAUGGUGAUCCUGAACUUCUGGAUGACUCUGAAUUUUAUCAGCAAUUAUUGAAAGAAUUUUUUGAGACAGUUGAUCCUUCAUCAUCUGAGAAAGCAUUUUAUGCUUUGAAGAGAAUGCAACCAAAGAAAAGAAAAAUUGUUGAUCGUCGCGCAUCAAAAAGUCGCAAGAUUAGGUAUAAUGUUCAUGAAAAGAUAGUAAAUUUUAUGGCUCCACUACCUGCCAAUAUACCUCCUAUGGCUCCGAAGUUGUUCGAGAAUCUGUUUGGAUUGAAGACACAAAGAUCAUCUGCUGCAGCCUCAUAA